UCUUUUCCAUCCUCGCUCUGUCGGUGCGGUGCUCGUGUUUCACCAUCUCUAUUGGGAGAGUCGCUGCCGAGUGGGCGCUCGGUUUUCGGGUCGUCAUGAUGGCUGGUUACGAAUACGUGAGCCCUGAGCAGCUGGCCGGCUUUGAUAAGUACAAGUACAGUGCUGUGGAUACCAAUCCGCUCUCUCUGUAUGUCAUGCAUCCGUUUUGGAACAAUAUAGUAAAGGUAUUUCCUACUUGGCUGGCUCCAAAUCUGAUAACCUUUUCUGGCUUUCUGCUGGUUGUAUUCAAUUUUCUACUUAUGGCGUACUUUGAUCCUGACUUUUAUGCUUCAGCACCAGGUCACAAGCAUGUACCUGAUUGGGUUUGGAUUGUGGUGGGCAUCCUCAACUUCAUAGCCUACACUCUAGAUGGUGUGGAUGGAAAGCAAGCUCGUAGAACCAACUCCAGCACCCCCUUAGGGGAACUUUUUGACCAUGGCCUGGAUAGUUGGUCAUGUGUGUACUUUGUUGUAACUGUGUAUUCCAUCUUCGGACGAGGAUCAACUGGUGUCAGUGUUUUUGUUCUUUAUCUCCUGCUAUGGGUAGUUUUGUUUUCCUUCAUCCUGUCUCACUGGGAAAAGUAUAACACAGGGAUUCUUUUCCUGCCAUGGGGAUAUGACGUUAGCCAGGUGACUAUUUCUUUUGUCUACAUAGUGACUGCGAUUGUGGGAGUUGAGGCCUGGUAUGAACCUUUCCUGUUUAAUUUCUUAUAUAGAGACCUAUUCACUACAAUGAUUAUUGGUUGUGCAUUAUGUGUGACUCUUCCAAUGAGUUUAUUAAACAUUUUCAGAAGCUAUAAAAAUAACACCUUGAAACACAAUUCAGCCUAUGAAGCUAUGGUUCCCUUCUUUUCUCCAUGUUUGCUAUUCAUUUUGUCUACAGCAUGGAUCCUCUGGUCACCUUCAGAUAUUUUAGAAAUACAUCCUAGAAUAUUCUACUUUAUGGUUGGAACAGCCUUUGCCAACAUCACUUGCCAGCUAAUUGUUUGUCAAAUGAGCAGUACCCGGUGCCCAACUUUGAACUGGUUGCUCAUUCCACUGUUCUUGGUUGUCAUGGUGGUGUACUUCAGAGUAGCCUCUUCUCACACUGAGAGCAUUCUCCUAUAUACAUUAACAACAGCUUUCACUCUGGCCCACAUCCAUUAUGGAGUGCGAGUGGUAAAGCAGCUGAGCAGCCAUUUUCAGAUUUACCCCUUCUCAUUGAGGAAACCAAACUCAGAUUGACUAGGAAUGGGAGAAACCAAGAUUGACGCGUAAUCUACA